AACCUUUUCUCUCUCUUUAUCCACAGAGAAAACCCAGCAACUUCCACUUUCAGAGAUCAAAAUUGUGUUUUCUUAAAAUGAUGAAGAGAGACUAAUUCAGUCUCUUGAUUAACUCGAUCUUCCUCAUCAUUUACUCUCAAUCUCUCCAAGCAAAAAAAAAGAUUUUGACUCUUUCUUGGAUCUCUUUGGAGUGUGUUGUGUGUGUGUGAUGUGGAUUAUCACUUGGAAAAGAGAUGGCAGGAUUCUUCUAUCUAGGAGGGAGAGAUAACAACAACAAGCAAGAUCAUCAUCAAGUAGACAAGGAUCAUCAUCAACAGCAAGACAAGAGCAAUAAUUAUCUUUAUCUUUACAAAGACGAGAUCUAUAACAACAACAAGGGCUUCGAGAUUUGGCCUCCUCAAUACUUUCAACAACAACAACAACAUGUCUCAGCUCCUGCGAACUUCUACUCAUUUGGAAUGGUUCCAAGCGGAAGCAGCAGCAACAACAACAAUAACAACAACAAUAACAACAACAACAAUAACCGGAGCCGGAGUUUAUACUUCAACGUAGUCUCCGAUCAUGAGCCGGGAGGUUUCACGGUGACGAGACAAGGAGGUAUGAAUUGUCAAGAUUGUGGGAAUCAAGCUAAGAAAGAUUGUCCUCAUAUGAGAUGUAGAACUUGUUGUAAAAGCCGAGGCUUUCAUUGUCAAACUCACGUUAAGAGCACUUGGGUUCCUGCUGCCAAACGCCGUGAGCGUUUAGCCCAACUCGCUUCCUUGCAGCACCACUCCGCAUCCAGCCGUGAAACGCAAAACGCAAACGCUAAACGCGUACGAGAAGCUAAUGGUGGUGAAAAUGAUGAUAAAGACCAUAGUAGUGGUGGUGGAACUGCUCUUGCUAUUACCCGUGUGGUAAAUGCUAAUUCUAAUCCAGGGUUGGAGCUGAGUCAAAACUUACCACCGGAAGUUAGCUCACCGGCGGUUUUCCGAUGCGUUCGAGUGAGCUCGAUAGAAGAGGAUGAAGAUGAUCAAGAAUAUGCUUAUCAAACGGCUGUGAACAUUGGAGGACAUGUCUUCAAAGGAAUUCUCUAUGACCAAGGACCAGAUGAAGAUCAUCAACUUAACCUCCUUGCCUCCACUGCCACAACCACCAAUGCUGAAGAGACUGCUGCGAAAACGGCGGUUACUGUUGCCGGUAACAAUAACAAUGGAUUAAUACUCGAUCCUUCGUCGCUUUAUCCGGCUCAACUCAAUUCCUUCAUCGCCGGUACGCCAUUCUUCACACCUCCGAGGUCUUGAGAUUCAGACUCAGUUACUGAAUAUUAUUUCAUCUUUACAACGUUAAAAUAACAAGAAGCCUUACUUUGUUGUUUGUUUUUGUAUUAGUCUUUGUCUUUUUUGAAAGUUCGUGCAAUUUGAUAAAACUCCCUUAGCUAGUAUGUUACUGAGUGGUGAUUA